ACGUAAAUCAAGGGAGAGAUAUUUUCAAUAAAGUUUAUUAAAAUAAAAGAUAAAUAGUACAGAAAAAAGUAACUAUAAAGUGUCCGCCUUUUAAUGUUGUUUUAGGUAUGUCCUUCAGAUUAUUAACUUCGUUUGUAUGUACCUUAAGACAGACUCUGCCGCGACAUCCAAUAACAAAAUCAGGUUUACAAAUUAGGACUGUCACAGGAAUGGAGACAGCAGUUCAAGCAGACCCUAAAAAUGUUAUUGAAGUGGAGACAGCAACACCAAAAGAAAUCAGUGAUAAACUGGUCAGUGAUAAAAAAUUUACUCGUUACAAGAAUCGUAACAAGCGUCAAUGGGAAGAUGCCAAGGAUGUAAAAGAAGAUGGCGAGACUGAUGGAAAGAAACCUUGUAGUUCUCCUUUCGAAAGAGUAAAAAGGAAGAAAAUGGCAAUGCUGUUAGGAUAUUGCGGUGUAGAUUACUAUGGAAUGCAAAGGAAUCCUGGUGUAAGGACUAUAGAGGAGGAUCUGCUGAAGGCAUUAUUUGAGGCAAAGUAUAUCACAGAGGAAGACUUCAAUAACCAACAAAAUGCACAAUUUCAGAGAAGUUCAAGAACUGAUAAAGGAGUCUCCGCAGCGCGACAAGUUGUAUCACUAAAGUUACCUCUAGAAAUAGAUAUAGAGGAAAUCAAUAAACGAUUACCAGAAAGCAUAAAAGUAUUUGGUGUGAAAAGAGUCACAAAUAAAUUCAACUCUAAAAUCAAAUGCAACGCACGAACAUAUAGCUAUACUCUUCCAACUUUUGUAUUGGAACCGAAAUUAGUCAAUGAUGAAGAGAGAAAGCUAUACAGGAUAACAGAGGACAAAUUGAAAGCAGUUAAUGAUGUACUGGCUGUUUAUGUAGGAACAAAAAGUUAUCACAAUUUUACAGAAAAAAAACAUUACCAAGAUCCUUCCGCAUCAAGAUAUAUGAUGGGGUUCACAUUAGAUAGAGUUUUUGUUGAUUCCGAGUGGGAGUUUGCAGAGUUACUAGUGAAGGGUCAAAGUUUCAUGCUGCAUCAAAUCAGGAAGAUGGUUGGUCUGAUGAUAGCAAUAGUGCGAGGAAAUACCGAUAUUUCUACGUUAGAGAAAGCAUUUAACAAAGACAAAGUGAUGAUCCCGACUGCACCUGGUCUCGGAUUAGUACUGGAUAAGGUACAUUAUGAAAGGUAUGACGCAAAAUUCAAAGACAGCCACGACAGCCUCACUUGGGAAGAACAAGAAGAAUCAGUGAAAGCAUUUAAAAGGGAUAGAAUAAACCCUAACAUAGUGAAGGGUGAAAUUGAAGGGAAUUCAAUGUUAUUAUGGCUCGAGAAACUUGCUAAACACAAUUAUGAGCCAUCGGAAGAAGUUCCCAGUGAAAAAGAGAACGGACAAUUGAAUGAAGAAUCAGAUGAUGAAGGUUUAGAUGAUAAGGAAAAUGGUGAUGAAGUUGUGAUGAAUGAUGAACAGAAAGAUUAUAAAAUGAAUGGAAUUGAGAAAAGUAAUGAAUCAAUGACAUAGAUAAGAUUAAAGUGUAUUUCUCAAAUAUGUCAACGGAACUUCGCACGAGUUAUCGAAGCGUAGUUGUACGGGAGGAGGUGAACUGCUGAAGGUGAAGAGGUGAUAAAUGUUCAUUAAACGAAAAAUGAUGAUAAAGCGAAUAAUCAAUCACUAUGAGAGUUUAAACUCAUCAAGCAAAUAUUUUCCCUACAGAGUAAGUACAGUCAGCUACAUAAAUGUGUAAACGUUCACAAAUCUAUAGAAACUUGUAUGCGCUUUCAGUUUAAAGUAUAUGGUUUUAUCUUAUUCUUACACUAGCUGUUCCCGCGCGGCUUCAGCCGCAUAAAAUUUAAAACGUUAUUUUAUUAUUUACAUCUGUCAAAUUC